AUGUCGAGUUCAUCACCCAUCACGUAUCCCACUCUCCCACCCAAACUCAUCCUCACCUCGACCAAAGCCUACUUCCCGCCCUCCCGGACCAUCAGCUACCUCGGCUCGAUCCUCGACACGAAGAACAACAUCCUGCCUCUCCUGACCUCCCAUCGUGACCAAGUUUGUUUCGUCCUCAUCCCAGAUUUCCUCACCAUCUAUCCUUGCGCGCAGACGUUGACUGCAAGCAACAAUCUCACCUCUCCGAAUCCCUCGUCGUGGCCCAUCCAUCUCGGCGCCCAGAAUGCAUUCCAGUCAUCCACCUACGGCGCCUACACGGGCGAGAUCGUGCCUGCCGCACUCAAAGAACUCGGCUGUACCGUCGUCGAGCUGAACCACGCCGAGCGGCGCCGUCUGCUAGGCGAGUCCGACGAGUCUGCCGCCGCCAAAGCCGCCGCGGUCUGCGCCCUGGGAAUGAUUCCCUUGGUCUGUAUCGGCGAGCUUGACAAGCCGAAGAACACCCACGGACCCCUGAGCCAGGCUGUCGGUCUGGCCAUGAGCCAGUUGACGCCGCAGAUCGAGGCUGUGCUGCGUGCCGUGCCGCCCGAUGCGCCGGUCAUCUUCGCAUAUGAACCUGUCUGGGCUAUCGGCGCCGCCGAGCCCGCGGGCGUUGACUAUGUCGGUCCUGUGGUCCAGGCGAUCCGGGAGGUCGCUGGACGUGCGCGUGCUGGAACGAGCAAAGCCGCAGAGGUGAAAGUCGUCUAUGGUGGGAGCGCGGGGCCCGGGUUGUGGAGCGGGAAGACGAACGGUGGGAAUGGGCUUGGGAAGUGGGUGGAUGGGUUGUUCCUGGGCCGGUUUGCGCAUGAGAUCUCGGGCAUCAGAGCUGUUGUGGAGGAAGUCGUGGAGAGUUUGGACAAGAGCUGA